GGCUUGUCGCACCCGUCGACACCCCACGCCUCGGUACCAGGUCCGCAGUCACAGCAGCUCCAGCCGAACGAACAACGGGUGACCUCAUGCACUAUGAUGCCACCAAUCCUGUCUGAGUAGGCCGUAUACAAGAAUGCAAAACAAUCUGUUCGUUGUCUACAGCCUCACAGUACUUGCGACAGCAUCUGCGUAAUGACGCCUCAGCGCAUGGCGGAGCAGGCAGGAUGCGCGUCCAUACUUGGCUGUGCUCGGCAGGCACGGCGCCACACGUACUUCGUAUGCACCAGCCUCACCGGGAUAUUUCAUCAUCUUACAUGUGCCAGACAUGGCCAGCUAACGCGCGCAUUAUUCCUCUCCUUUCUGUCAUACACCGACCGCCUGGUCCACUGGUAUAGACAUUGACUGUCCAGCUCAUUUUCUCCUUCACACCUAUAUACCGCCCGCAAUGGCUACCACAGGCCUGACUCCCACGCAAGAGGCCGCUUUUAGACGAAGCAAACAACUCUCUGUCCAGCAACGCGAAGAACUUCUCAAGCCUUUCCUCCCCUCCGAGCCAUCCGACAGCGAGACGCAGGCGCAAAAGAAGAAGGCCCUCCGCGACCGCCGCCAACGCGCAGCCCAACAGAACCGCAAGCCACUCGCAGGCCCCAUCAAGACCUUUCUCCACCUCGCUAUCUACCACGUCGUCGCUCUCUUAUUCAGCAUCUUCUUCCGCUUCCGUCGCGCCUACCGACUUGUCAGGGGCAAGGUCGUCUCGCUGCUCAAGUACCAUCACCGCACGCCAGAGUUCAUCGCCCAUGAUGUCAAGAACCUGGAGAAGCUGCCUAAGCAUCUCAGUGUGGUAGUUGAAUACCAAGAGGACGACGGAAGUCAGGGCACAGCCGGAUUGGAAGGACUAGUGAACGAUGUCUGUGAGAUAGCAGCUUGGGCAGCGAGUGCCGGCAUACCCUUUCUCAGUGUUUACGAACGAACGGGCGUGCUUAAGAACUACCUCCCGCAAACCCACGCCUCCAUCUGGUCAACCCUAGAGGCCUACUUUGGGCCCCAUCGCAAACCUACCCUUUCGCUCCGCGCACCCCACCUAUCCUCCUACUCUCCUCCCAACACGCCUCCCCAGAGUGCAGACGAUGACCUUAAGGGUGAAGAACGCCAGCAUCUUACUGUCCUUCUCCUAUCCGAACACGACGGCCGCGACACCAUCGUCGACCUGACGCGUACACUGGCCGAGAUGGCCCAGAAAGGGGACGUACGACAAGAGCAGAUCAACACGGAUUUGAUCGAUGCACAGUUGAACGACCACGUUUCCAGUGAACCGGAUCUUCUGAUUCUGUUCAGUCCUACCGUGCAGCUCAAAGGAUACCCACCGUGGCAGUUGAGGUUGACAGAAAUCUUCCACCUACCAGACAACAAGGGUGUCAACUAUCAGGUCUUCUUGCGAGCCCUGUACAACUUUGCAAAGGUCGAGAUGCGCCUGGGAAGGUAA